CCAAGGAGAUAGCAAGCAAGCAGUCGCACCAGGUCAAUGCAGGGACAGGACCCUCCGGCUGAAGGCGCGGUGCCCGACGUAGGGCGCGUGCAAGACAUACGCGCCCAGGAGGCUGACCACGCCGAGGUUGUUCUGCAGGUGCCCAACCAGCAGCGCCUUCCCCACCGGUUCAAAAGGAAGCUGGCCGUGUGCCUGACGUUCCUGGCCAUCGUCGCAGCCGCCACGCUCACGCUGCACUCGAUCCCUGAGCGCGUAGAGCACACCGGGCAUCACACAGCCUCCUCCAACUCAGCCGCCACACCGCCGCUGGCCGCGAGUAACGCCGAGCGCCACAGCGAUGCCGCCGUCGUUCCCAGUGCUGGCGCUGGCGAUGUGACCGCAACGGACAAUGCUCCCGAGUCUGACGUGGUCACGCAGGGCCCAUUCGAAUGGCCUCCCCUCCUACAGCCUCUCUGA